AUGUCUCUUUUUGGCACAUCCCCUCCAAACGAGCCGGCUUCCGAAAAUCCAAGUGUCGCGCGAUCUCGAAAUUCGCUAUUUGAUGACGAUGGACCUAUGACUCGGUCGACCUCGGAUACGCUAUUUAACGACGACGAGUUCGGAGACAGUGGAAGAGCUUCACCCUGGGAUCUACCGACACCGAGAAAACAACAGUCGCGUGCCGAUCUCAUUCGGAGGUUGCUAGACGGUGUCGAGGUGCCGGGUAGCUACAUCGAGGCGUUUGAUAACGCUGCGCAAGAAGAUGGAGAUAGUGGCAAAGUUACGUCUGCAGGCGUCGCUAAGACACUUGCUGCUGCCAGGCUAGGUGCCGACGACCAGGCGCAAAUAAUGGGAAUACUGGCACCCGGGGGCAGCCUUGAUCCCAUUGGUCGCAACGAAUUCAAUGUGUUACUCGCUCUUAUCGGCCUUGCGCAGGGUGGUGAAUCAGUAAGCUUGGACGGAGUUGACGAACGAAGACGGAACUUGCCACAUACUAAAUUAUCAUUGCCCGUCAAGAAGUCUAUCAUUCCCAAUACUGCAGAACUUGCUGCAAAACCACCCCAACAACCAGAACCUCAACUCGCGCCAUUUACCUCGCAAUCACGACCUAGAAACGCAUCCAUGGAUGGUCCUGAAGACGAUCCUUGGAGCUCUUCCGACCUCCAUAGGAAUCACAAUCACGCCGAGUCGCCCAAAGCUAACGGUACCAAACAUGCCAUCAGCCCGACCGUAAAUGGCAAUGGAUACGGGGUUUCUCCUGCUCCCGAUAUGCACUCUCGUACGACCUCAAACUUUACUACCUCCGCCCCAGCAUCAGUCGAUGGCCCAGCCUCUCAACCUAGUGGCUCCGUUUCUUCGCACCCUGGCGGAUGGGGAUAUUUUGAUGGAAAUAAUGCAGGAGGUUUCGGCGAGGGGCCUGCCCAUAACCCGGCGAGCCCCUUUGGCAACGCGGGUAACGGAGAUGGUCGCGACCCGGGUGCGAACCCAAAUCUGGGCCACUCCCGGACCAUUAGUGGUGGUCGGAUUGGCAGCGCAGUGGAGGAAAAUAUCGUGGUCACGUUAAUGCCGGAGAAGGAAGGCGUGUUUCUCUUUCAACACCACAAUUACGAGGUUGCAAGCUCGCGCCGAGGGAGCAAAGUCAUCCGGAGAUACAGCGAUUUUGUUUGGUUACUCGACUGCCUGCAUAAGAGGUACCCUUUCCGAUCGCUACCUCUGCUACCACCCAAGCGAGUUGCUGUCAAUGGCAACCACCUCUCCAACGACGGCGCUUUCAUCGAGAAACGUAGACGUGGUCUGGCUAGAUUUUUAAACACCUUGAUCCGACAUCCCAUCCUUGGCCAGGAACAGCUAGUGAUAAUGUUUCUCACUGUUCCGACGGAACUUGCGGUAUGGCGCAAACAAGCCGCGAUCUCCGUAGUGGACGAGUUUACAGGACGGCCACUUCCACCUGGUCUAGAAGAAUCCCUCCCGCCCACACUUGAGGGGCUUUUUGAGCGCACAAGACAGGGAGUUAAACGAUCCGCUGAUCUAUAUAUUUCGACCUGUAACAUCAUGGACCGCCUUGCCAAGCGGACCGAAGGUGUAGCAGCUGAUCAUGGGCGUAUGGCUAUGUCGCUUACGUCACUCACGGAAACGAGCGCGGAUACAUACGCAACCGACACGAACGAUGUACCUCUCCUGAACGACGGCCUAGUCGCCAUGAGCAAGCAUUUGCAAACGACGCAGAGCUUAUUAGAAGAUGAGAGCAAGGCGUGGGAUGCAGGGGUAUUGGAGGACCUAAAGAGACAACGGGAUGCACUUGUUAGCAUUAGAGAUUUGUUUGAGCGGAGAGAGAGACUGGACAAGGACAACAUCCCGUACUUGGAACGGAGGAUCCAGAAUAACGAAACGAAGCUUGCCGGCCUACGAGCUAAGGCAGAUGGGUUGAUCCGGCCAGGAGAGAUUGAGAAAGUUGUUGAGGCUAUCAUCAAGGACAAGGAGGCGAUUGUUAAUCAGCACAAUCGGUCUAUUUUCGUCAAGGAAUGUCUCCGCGACGAGCUGAUUUAUUUUCAGCAAACGCAGUUCCACGUGAGCCGGUGGAAUCAGGACUGGGCACAGGAGCGUGUCAAGUACUCGGAGAUGCUAGCCGACAACUGGCGCCGGCUGCUAGACCAACUUGAGGGCAUGCCGCUCGGCGACUAG